CUCCUGUGUAGUGAUAACCUUCACCAUGGGCCUUGUCAUUCAGGAUAGUUUGUUGGAAGUAAUUCUUGUGGCAGCAGGCCUCGUGAUACUAACUGCACAUCAUUUCCACAAUGCGUACAAAUACUGGGCAAGGAAAGGCGUCCCUACCAUUAAACCCAAGUUUCCGCUAGGUAACACCAACACUCUUUUGCCACAAGGCUUUUCGGUUGGUCCCGUCAGCAAAACAUUUUACGAUGAACUGAAACGUGAAGGACACAAAUUUGGUGGGGUUUAUUUAGUGACGACUCCCAACUUGGUCGUCGUUGAUCCAGACUACGUUAGAGACAUCCUUAGCAAGGAUUUUCAGUACUUUGCAGAUCGAGGAUUUUACCAUAACAAAAAAACUGAUCCCCUCAUUGCCAAUCUCUUCGUUAUUGACAGUGAUGACUGGAAGAAUCUCCGUGUUAAACUGACCUCAACCUUCACUUCAGGGAAAAUGAAAACAAUGUUCCAUUCGGUGGUUGAAUGUGCUAACUACAUGAAGGAGGCUAUGGUGAAGAGUAUAGGGCAAGACAUAGACAUGAAAGAGACAGUAGGCCGAUACACUACUGACGUUAUCGGUACUUGUGCUUUUGGUAUUGAAUGUAAUAGUUUCAAACACCCAGACGCAGAAUUCCGAGCCAUGGGUCGAGAACUCUUCACGUUCAACUUUCGGCGCGCUAUAAAAUCCUUCAUUGCCAUUAACUUUCCAAAACUGGCAAUGCAAUUGAGCUUAAGAAUCAGCGUCGAGAAAGUGGGAAAUUUCUUCAGAAAGGUGGUGACGGACACUGUCAAGUUGCGUCAAGAGGAGAACAUCCAUCGUAAUGACUUUUUGCAACUUUUAAUAAAUUUGCAAGAAUCGACAAAUUUUACUCAUGACGAAAUGACCGCACAAGUGAUUUCUUUCUUUAUUGCUGGUUUUGAAACUAGUGCCACCACAAUGAAUUUUGGAUUGUACGAGCUUGCACGGAAUCCCGAUAUCCAGAAGAAGUUAAGAGAAGAAAUUUGUCAGGUUUUGGACAAGCACGACAACAAAUUAACAUACGAGAGUCUGAGCGAAAUGAAAUACCUAGCGCAAGUUCUUGAUGAAACGCUGAGGAUGUAUCCACCCCUUCCAACCCUGAAUCGUCGUUGUACCAAAGACUAUACUCUACGAGAUACCAAUGUAGUUCUUGAGAAAGGUACUCGCGUUCUUAUAUCGGCUUUGGGUUUGCAAAUGGAUCCAGAAUUCUAUCCGAACCCGAAAAAAUUUGAUCCAGAUAGGUUCAGCGAAGAAAGUAAGAAGAUGAGGCAUCCGUUUGUGUAUUUGCCGUUUGGUGAUGGUCCGAGAAAUUGCAUAGGUUUACGAUUUGGGCAAAUGCAAUCCAAAAUUGGUAUAGCUACCAUUAUUAAAAAUUUCCGGCUGUCGGUUAGUGCUUCAUCUAAACCGUUAGAAUUUAUGCCUAGUUCGUUUCUGCUACAGCCUAAACAAACAAUUUAUCUUAAAGCAGAGAAAGUAUGAUUCUGGUCUGUUGAUGGCAUCAAACUACAACAAUAUUUAGUGUACUUCAUUUGUUUUGAUAUCUAACUUUAGGUUGCAUUUACUAAGUUUAUAAAAAUUUAAAAUCAAGCAUGUAUUUUCCAUUUCUGUUGAAUAUUGUUAUAUAUACCCAUUCGUAUACAUUGUACAUGUGGGAAUUGAUAAUUCUUAAUGAAAUAAAUACACAAGAAUCAGUACUAUACGUUCCUAAUAAUAAA